AUGCAAAGUAUGCUCUGUGAUCAUGAUGGAACUAAACUAGAAAAAGCAAUAACAAAGAGGCGGCGACGGCGGAUCAGGCGGCCGCUGCAGCCCGGGCGGCUGCGGAGAAGGAGGGAAAACACAAAGCCGGCUGCGCGCUGCGAGCUCUUUUCAGAUGAUUCUAAGAUGUUACAGUGCUAUCGUAAUCCAAACUUUAAGAGAGGCUUUCCCCAACUUUUAGUCAGAAUGAAAAGAAGAAUCAGGGUUAAAAAUGCUUCUCCUGUAUCUGCCCCAUUAGUUCAAGAUUUCAACAAGAAGGACUUUAGAGCAGAGGGUAAUGUGGAUAAUAGUAUUGCUGGUUUAGUUGCCAAAACUAGUGGAGAAAGUUUACUUUCAAACUCUACAAAUUUAAACAUGCCUCUAACAAGGAAGCCUUCUACCAGCCGGAGAGUUGCUAAUACAACCGACUCUAUCAACUCAAUUGCAAAACGCACUAUAACAGAUCAACAUGCUAGUUUAAAUCAGUUGACCACUUUUCACAUGUCCUCUGAAAGCAGCUACACUCAAGCAAAUGGCCACAUUGUGAAUUAUGUUACAAGUACAACUUCUGCUUCUCCGUUCCACAUCAUAUCUCCCUUACAGAAUAGUUAUUUUCAACUGAUGGUGGAACUUUCCACUUUUCCAACCAGAUGUCCUGAUGUGUCAGCCAAUGGGGCUCCUUUUUCUAAUCUGCUACCAGCAUGCAACCCAUGA